GAGACGACGCUGCUGAUGUCACAGCGCCAGUCGGUCCGGAGCUGAGGAGCUGAAGAGGAGGAUGGUGAGGAUGAUGGCGGCCGUCAAGUCGAUUUUCUAACAGUCAAUUCUGAUCAGGAAGCAUUCGUGUUUACCCCUCGCGAGGCCAGGUGAACAUGGAGGGGCGCGUGUGUCCGGACCAGGAGCAGCUGAUCGGGUUUCUGAAGAGGCUGAAGGAGGUUUUCGACGUGUGUGACGAGGAUGCUGACGGCUUCAUCCGGGUGGAGCACCUGGUGGACCUCGGGCUCCAGUUCGGUCAAGGAGACGAGGAGGUAAAGAAGUUGACUCGGUACCUGGAUCCUAACGCUCACGGGAGGAUUAACUUCAAAGACUUCUGCCACGGCGUGUUCGCCAUCAAAGGUUGUGAGGAGAUCCUGAAGAUGGCCGUGGGUCCUCGUGGUGUUCAGCUGUCCAACCAGCCGUCGGUUACCGACAACGGUUACAUUUACCAGAACGGUCAGGCCAAGCUGGCCCCUCCCAUCAUCAUGUGUACGCGGUCCUACCCAGAAUGCAGUGGGUUCGGAGAGGGUUGUGGGGCUGAAGGCGAGGUCGACAUGGACAGCAGCGCCGAGAACGCCAACAGCUCCGACUCUCUGGACCCGACACGGCGAGACAGCCGCCUGCGGGGCUCUGCGUCUGCGUCCGUCAUCUCUGGAGAGGAACAGUUCGAGGACUACGGCGAGGGCGAGGACGUGGACUUCACUCCCAGCAGCCCCUGCCCCGAAGAAGACUCCAGAACAAAUGGCUUCUCGGACCUCGGCUCCUCCCUCCCCUCCAGUGCGGGUCAGACUCCUCAGAAGAUGCGUCAGCUGUACGGCAGCGAACUGUUAGACGUUUACUGCUCUCAGUGCUGCAAGAAGGUCAACCUGCUGAACGACCUUGAGGCUCGACUACGAAACCUGAAGGCCAACAGCCCGAACAGAAAGAUCACCAGCACGGCGUUCGGACGUCAGCUGUUUCACGCCAACCACAGCGUGUUCGGCUCAAGUCAGGGCAGCAGCACCGAGGAUCUGUUCACUGACAGCAUCGACUCCUGUGACCUCGACAUCACUGAAAAAGUGAGUUUCCUGGAGAAGAAGGUGACGGAGUUGGAAGGAGACAGUUUGGCGAACAACGACCUGAAGUCUAAACUCAAACAGGAGAACACACAUCUGGUUCACAGGGUGCACGAGCUGGAGGAGCAGGUGAAGGACGCGGAGGCGAGGGCGGAUCAGACUCUGGAGGAGGAGACGAAGAGACACCGCGAGGCGUUCAGCAAGAUGGAGCGAGACCGAAACACGGAGAUCGACCUGCUCUGCAACAGGGUUCAGCUGUUAGAGGAAGAAAACGACGAGAUGAAGUUAAACGUGUGUAGAUUAAAGUCUCAGACUGAGAAAAUGGAUCAGGAGAAGCAGAGGAUGACGGAUAAGCUGGAGGACACGAGUCUGAGGCUGAAAGACGAGAUGGAUCUCUACAGGAAGAUCAUGGACAAACUGUGGCAGAACCGCCAUGAGUUCCAGAAGGAGAAAGAGGCCAUGCAGGAGCUGAUCGACGACCUGCGGCGAGAGCUGGAGUACCUGCAGUGUUUCAAACUGGAGAUGGAGCAUCCGGGGAAAGGGAAGAGUCUGUCUGAGCUCAACGCUCGCACCAGAGAGAUGGAAAUGGAGAAUGAAGUCAAGAGACUGAAACAGGAGAACUACAAACUGCGAGAUCAGAACGACGACCUGAACGCUCAGAUUCUCACUCUGAGUUUGUACGAGGCCAAAAACCUGUUCUCCUGUCAGAGCAAGGCGCAGUGCCUCGCUGCUGAGAUCGACAACGCGUCCCGAGAUGAGCUCGUGGACGCUCUGAAGGAGCAGGAGGAGAUCAACCUGCGUUUGAGGCAGUACAUGGACAAAAUCAUCCUCGCCAUCCUCGACCACAACCCGUCCAUCCUGGAGAUCAAGAACUAAACGACACACACGCAGAAACAUGCACAGACUCGCACACACACCCGUGUAAUACACCCGACUAUUAGCUCGAACAUUUAAGUUAUAAUCCAUAAGAUUCCCGUCCUGACACCUCUCGGAAGUGAUGCUACGGCAGGUUACAGAAAAAAAACUACAAAUCCCAGAAUCCAGUGGGCAGGAGGUUACAGGAAGUACCACAGAAGAGCAGCUUAAAUGAAUUAUACGGAUUAUAACUUUAAACUGGAGCCUUAACAAUGAAUGUUCUCACUGCUUGUGACUCAAACUGUCGCUCUCACAGACACACACACACACACACACACACACGAUCUUAGAUCACUUAUCAGUCUCUGUAGACGCACUCUGCCAUGCUUAGUUUAUCCGCCCGUCUUUAAGUAGUUUGAGUUUAAUAUUUCAUCUUUAAAGAAAUGAAACGAGAUUAGUAAACGUGACUCUGACAUUCUCUCACACGCUCGAUGUUUUAGUGUCCGACCCUUUAAACCCCUCCAGGUGAAUUCUCCUGAUUAUAUCCUGCUGCGUUCUCAACUCUGACUUUCUGCAGAAUAAAUACGAGGAGGCUGGAGGUGUUUACACAUGCGGCUCCUUACAGUAAAUAUCAGGAGGUUUGUUCAGGUGUGAAGGUGCUACAUGUCUGUGAGGGAGAAUCCAGCGCUGUGAAACGAACCUUCAACCAGGACGGGUUUCAUGAUGAAGGUUUGUAAACGUGCCAAAAGUCAACAUAAUGUGCCAAAUCUGAAAGAAGCUCGAGUGAUUUCUACACGCAGGAAGAGUUUCCUCGUUUGACUCUUAUAAAAGUGAGAAAUGAAACUUUUAAAAAAAGCUGAUUGGAUGAAAAGGUCAAACAAUCUGCCAACACGAGCACCGUCAGCUCAAAUUGUUUGCAAGUUUCAAACUCAGUAGGAAAUGAAUAAUUUAGAUCUGCUCGUCUGCCACUCGGAGUGCUGUGAAGCUUUGUUUUUUAAGAGGUUGCGUCCCCUGUUUAUAUUGUAUUACAUGUAAAAAAUAUAUAUAUAUAUGAAUUUGUAAACGCGACACUCUCACAUGCUCGAUGUUUUAGUGUCCGACCCGAUGAUAAAGGUGUUGGUAAUGUGGCGUUAAACUUCAUCAAAAAAAUCACAAAGCAGAGUGUGAAGAGCAGCAUAAAGAGAUGAAGUAAAAAGCAUUAAAACAAUCAGAUUUACUGAAGUAAAGCCGGAUUGGCUGCUGUUUUGCACAUUACUGGAUUUCACAGAUUAAUUAAUUAUUUCUAGAAACUAAGAUAAUAAUAUUAAACAAUCUCUUCAUUAUCUGAUGCCUUCAUGGUCUUCAUGAAUGUGGGAGAAAAACAUUACUCUUCCUGUUUUGUAAAUGAUCCUCACUCUGAAUGAUUUAACUUUUCUCCACUCAGUGCGGCGUUUAUAAACCAGCCGACCACCAACCAGCUGACACUUGGGCGUGUCACUGAGAGACGAGCACGUGGCGUUAGUAAAGUUUUCCUUCAUUGCACAAAACGUUCACUAAGUGAGGAAUUGAUUAGCUCGUUUUUGUUUUUUUUUGUCACUUAUUCUUCACGAGGUUUGUGAUUUUUUUUUUUCUUUGACAUGUCGGCGUCACGGCCGUGUUUGUGGUUUCAAACGUUGUAAAUAUUGUACAGAAUCGCUUCACUCAUCACUUAUUUAAAGGACUCUCUGAGAGUUUGGACACAAAAUAAAACAUGUUGUAGGUUAUAAUCCGCACUUUAAGGUGUCUUAGCCGAAGUAUUUAAUAAUAAUAAUAAUAAUAAUAAUAAUUAUAAUAUCAAUCAUUAAAAAGUAUAUAUUUCAAUCUGUCACCUCUCACGUGUCUUCACUUGAUUUAUUUGACGUGUAUCGCACAUGAACAUCUGGACGACUCGAUGUGUAAAUAAAAUACUUUCGCUUUGGCACGAAAA